AGACGCUGACGAGAACCUUCAAAGAUUUCGUACUGGAGACUCUAAGGUGUUAGUGACGACGAAUGUGGCCGAAGAAGGCCUCGACAUUCAGGAGUGCGGCUUGGUCGUAAAGUAUAAUUAUGUGACAAAUGAAAUCGCGCUUAUUCAGAGAAAAGGUCGAGGUCGUGCGGUGGGUAGCAAGUCGGUACUGCUAGCGAAGGAGAACUUUAUUCUCAACAAAGAAGUGCUCAACAUCUUGCGGUCGAAGCUGAUGGAUGCGGCGCUCGAUGUGAUUUCCGAAAAGGGACAAGAUUGGAUACUUGACCGGGUUCAGCGAUUGUUCGUGCUGCACUGCAAAAAAUGCGACCAGCUUUUUAUGAAAUCACGCGACGUGCGAGUCGCAUCCAUGUGCCACUUCGUCUGUGUCGAUCCGACCAUUUGGGAACGACUCGCGAUCUCAACGAGAACCGAACCAAAGAUCUGUCAGACAGUCGCAAUAUCGGGAAAGAUCUGUUGUCGAAAAUGCAAGCACGAGUGUGGGUCCAUCGUUAAGUACUCAGAGGUGUUUUAUCCAGCGUUCAAGAUAGAUGGUGUAUGCCUGGUAGACGAAGCGACAGGAAAACGACUUGUCGAGAGAAAGUGGAAAGCCGUGCAGGAGAAACACUUUGUACCCGGACCAGUGGAAUCAAAGGAUUCGAUGGCCAUGUACAGUGCUUUGGCAAGUAACUUUGUGGACGAAAUGAACCAACGUAUCAUGACACUGGAUCACUGUGCGUAA